AUGAGGAUAGAAGGAGAAAAAGGUGUGAAAACACAAUCCGCGCCAAAACAUUGGCCGCGGACGCGCAAAAAUUUUGGCCGAGCAAUUUCCAUCGGGCCGACCGUACGGUCGAGCCGGGAAGGAAUAGCGUGCUCGGCCGGAUUCACUCUAUUGCGCGACAGAAACGUUCGCGCGACACGCACGAACCGGGAAGAAGGCGCGAUCGGCCGAAUUUUGUAUCGGAACGGACCGACCGUGCCGGUCGAUCCGGGAAACAAACGAUCGGCCUCGGCCGAAAUCUCUCGCCAAACAAUUUGGCCGACCAAAUCGCUCGACCGCGACAAAAUCCAUCGGCCAUCGGCCCAAAACUUUUCUCGGCCAAGGUACACAAUGGCAAAGACAAAAGGAAAUGAGAGUAUGAAGAAGAAGAAGAACCCAUUCAUGGAACCACCAAAGAAGCAAAUCAAGCUAGGGAGUAGUAGCUCCAAUGCAAGAGCAGCAAUACCAACUUCACCACAUUCCAUUGAUGCAAGUCAAGAACAUGUGGAGAGUCCAAGAAGAGGAGAAGAUGAUUGGGCACUUAUGGACACCCAAACCCUUGAUCUUCUCAAGAUAAGAGAUGAUGUCACAUGGUACAUAAGGAAGCUAGGCUUGAGCAAGCUCUUCAAGCUAGAAUGUAGUGAGUACUCACAACUCACCAAGGAGUUCCUCUCCACAGUAGCUCUUGCCUUUCCCAACCACAAUGGAGACCAACCAGCUGGUGAUGGACUCCUACUCUUCAAGAUAGGCGAUGCCAAUGGGCGCAUCUCCAUCUCAGCUCUAUGCCAACUCUUUGGACUUCCCAAUGAGACAGCACAUGACUUCAAGGAGAACUCAAAGAGGAAACAAGCUGCCUUUGCUGAUUGGACACACUUUGCCAAUGAACCAUUCUUGCCUUCAAGGUCAAAGGUGUCUAGAAUCACUCAUCCAGCCAUUCGCUAUGUGCACCGCCUCAUCUCCACCACUUUCCAAUGCAAACAAGAAGCCAACAAGGUCACAACUGAUGAGUUCUACAUCCUCACCACACCAUUCAUCAAGCAUGAGUACAAGGCCAACCUUGGACUUUUACUUGCCAAGACAUUCAUCAAUGUGAGGAAGCUAGCUAAAGACUUGGAAGGCAACAAGAAGCUUUGUGUUCGUUUUGGGAGGCUUAUCACGGCCAUAGUACUGCAUGUGGGGAUUGACAUUCCCAACUAUGAGCCACUACCCAAGCCAACCCCUUUGGAUCUCCAUGCUCUUCAGCACAUCCACUUCCUAAACCGUUGGACUAAAGACCCAACUCGGUUUUGCUAUGAGUUUCCAAUUGGUCCAGCCAACACUUCCCUUGUCUUGCUGCCACAUGAGGACAUCCCAAGCCUACGCUCAGGAGUUGUCACUUUCCAGCCCAAUGAGGAAGAUUUCUAUGUUCCAUCAAGUGAGAAACCAUCAUUCCCCAUGCUCACAUAUCGCACACUUCAGCAUGCAGUCAAGACUCAACGCCGCCUCCAAGAACGCCAUGUUCUCACUACUGGCAUGGCUGCGCACCAGGCUCUAGACCGUGUUAACAAGCUGGAGAAGAUAGUGGAAUGCCAAUCUCGCUUCAUCUCGCGCCUAGUCCGCGUAGUUCGCCACAUUGCACCGGAGAGACUCUUUCGCCCUUCUUCCACCGCUAGAGAGCCAUAUGAGCCUGACCUUGGUGAGUUCUCACUAGACUCAGAGCUUGGUUCAGAAGGCGAUGACCCCAUAGAUGAGGAAGAGAGUUCUUCUCACUGCCACACAUAG